CUUCUCCUCGGUCCUCGACUAAUUAGGAUAUCCAAUUGAUCCCGAGUUUCUGCAUGUUACAACCCCCAUCGUCGGUCACCAUGACAGCAUCAAGCCCUCACCAAGUCUCGAGCCAGGCAAACCUUAACACCAACACAACCGUCGCCUUCCUCGGGCCAGUCAACUCGUACUCGCAUCAGGCCACCAAAACUGCCUUUCCGGAGCCAGAAUGGCGCCUCGAGCCGACGGGGACGAUAAAAGAGGUCUUUGACCGCGUGCAGGCCGGACAGGCGGCCUACGGGGUCGUACCGUUCGAGAACUCGACUCACGGCACUGUCGCCUUCACGCUCGACAACCUCGCCGACCGCGCGGGCGAGUACGCCGAGAUCGUCGUGUGCGACGAGGUCUACCUGGACGUGCACCACUUCCUGCUGGGCCGCCGCCGUGAUCCCGAUCCCCUCCUUCGGGACCCGUCGCCAGGAUCAGCAUCAGCAUCGGUAUCAGCAUCAGCUGCUCCAUCAGCGGCGGCACCAUCAUCGCACCACAGUAGUAGCAGCAGCAGUAACAGCAAGGGCGUGCCCCUCGCCUCGCUGUCGCACAUCCGCCGCCUCUACUCGCACCCGCAGGCGUUCGGGCAGACGGGCGCCUUCGUGCGGCGGUACCUGGCGCACGCGGAGACGGUCGAGGUCAGCUCGACGUCGCGCGCCGCCGAGCUCGCGGCGGGCGACCCGGCGGGCGAGAGCGCCGCCAUCGCCAGCGAGUGGGCCGCGCGGGGGUUCGGCCUCGACGUGCUCGCGCGCUGGGUGGAGGACCGCGAGGACAACACGACCCGCUUCUUUGUGCUCCGGAAGGACGGGGAGGAGGGCGAAGGGGGGAGAGCUGGGAGAGCUGACGGGGGAGAGGAGGGCAAGGGGCGAGAGGACGAGGAUGAUGCUGCUGCUUAUAGCGGGGCCAGGUACAAGUCGCUGGUGUCGUUCACGGUGCCGCAUCGGCAGCCGGGGGCGCUGGCGGACGUGCUGGACUGCUUCCGGGGGAGGGGGCUGAACCUGACGAGCAUCAACAGCGUGCCCAGCCUGGUCGAGCCGUUCCAGUACCUGUUCUUUGUCGAGUUCGAAGGGAGCAGGUUGGACGACCCCGAGGGGAGGGUCGGCGGCGUGUUGGAGGAUCUGAACAGGGUCGCGGAGCGGUGGAGAUGGUUGGGCAGCUGGCGGAACCGCAGAAGUGGGAGGUGAGAGAGAGAGAGAGAGUGUGUGUGUGUGUGUGUGUGUGUGUGUGGUUGUGUAGAGGGUAAGGGCAAAUGAACGAUUAAAAAAAGAGGAAGAUUAUUCUUCUCUUUUCCUUCUUUUCCUUCUUCUCUUUCUUCUUCCUCCUCCUCCUCAUCAUCAUCAUCCUGUUCUUCUUUUUUAUCUUCCUCCUUUCAGAAAGUAACUGGUUCAUGUAUUAGAGUUGGGGGCCGGAGGUGUGCAGCUACUGUGAUUGAGGUCACUCAUGUGCCCCAUUGCAUUCAUAAGGCGGUUUGCCGUCGAGCCUAGCUUUACGGAGGAGUACUACCGGCCGCCGCAUAACUUGGCUGCUUGAGCCAACAAAACUCGGAUGCUCAGAAAGGAAGUCGAAGCUCAAAUGCGCACCUUCCCUCUAGAUCUC